CAUAACACAAAUGUACUCCUUCGCUACUCUCUACAAACCAGUCAAGAGCAUCCUCUCCACUGAUUCUGCUGACAAGGUUUCCAUCUCUGUUUCCACCAAGGCUAACCCAGACUUCUCUGUUGCUGUUAGAGGUGCUAGAGCUAACGCUGAUGGAAAGGUUGAAUCCUCUCUCUCAUGGAGCCAAAAGCUCAAGCAAGGUGGUGUUGCUUACACUGUUAACGGAUCUUUGGAUCAAGAUGCCACUGUUGGUGUUACCGUUGUUGCUUCUGGUGUUGCUAAGGGUUUGAAUGCUGAUCUCUCAAGCAAGAUGAAGACUGCUUGUGCUGAUAACAAGGUCACUGGUAAUUUGGAUUACACUGCUGAAAAGUUCCACUUGACUGGUAACUUUGACCAUACUUGUGGUGGUGCUCUCCUUUUGACUGCUACUGCCACUGCUCAAGUUGUUGAAGGUUUGGUUGUUGGUGGUGAUGCUCAAAUCAAGGCUUUGCCAAAGGAAGCUAACCCACUCAAGAAGUACACUGUUGGUGCUAGAUACUCCAUGAAGAAUAUUGAUGUUGCCACACAAUUGGAAGAUUCUUUGAAGAAGAUCAGAGUUGGUUAUGCUCAAAAGAUUGACGAUAGUGUCUCCGUUGCUGGUGAAUUUGCUCACGAACUUAAGAGUGACAAGGCUCCAGUUUUCACUCUCGGUACUCAAUACAAGAUUGAUAGCGAUUCUUCCAUCAAGGCUAACAUUAACACUAAGGGUAUUGCUAAUGCCACUUACUCUUUGACUGUUAACCCACGUUUGACUACUUCUAUUUCUGCUGAAGCUGAUGUCUUUGCUAAGAAUGUUUCAAAGGUCGGUCUCUCCAUCAAUUACAGUGCUUAAAUUUACAACCUAGAUUAAAAACUAAAUUAUAAAACAAAUAAAGCUGAGUAGGGAGCUUUGUGU